AUGGCUCCAGUGACUGAUUUCGGAACAAAUCCUCGCUAUGCUCAGGAACAACCCGUAGAGAACUCCAAUGGGAUUCGACCAAGGCAAGGUCACAAAAUCAUCAUUAAUCAGUCGAAGAAGGAAUUGUUCAACAUCCAUUCCGGGUUAAGAGACCCUGAUGAGAUUACCGAUGGCGUUCUUGAUGGAGUACGUGUGUUUAUACUACCACAUCCGAGAGCUAAAUUCAACGUUUCUGAG